AUGAAGUGCGCGAGGUGUAAAGUGGCAAUUUAUUGCUCCAGAGAGUGCCAAAAAGCUCAUUGGUCUACCCAUAAACCCGACUGCGGCAUCCCGGGGACCGACGACAGGCCUUUGGUUACCAAGAUCCUCGCGCGCUUCUGGAAGAACCCAACCUUGCUGCAACUCUUCCAAGAGCAAGUUACGAGGACGUUCUACGAUUACAUUUAUGCAGAUGGCGUCCCGAACUUGGAUAAAAUGUGCAUUGGCGAAGUCGUUUCCUACUUCGCUCCAUGCACCGCAGCACGCUCGUCCCAGGCCCAGCCCUCCGAGAUGGGGAUGUUUCAAGUCUCGCACAUCGUCGAUCGUACCCCGCGGAACGACGCUGAAAAAGCCACGGUUCCCUCGUACGAGUAUUGUGUGCAACUAUGGAAGGACAUGUGUCGGUAUCAGGUAGAAGACCGUGGCCGUCUCGUCAACCCAAUUAUUGUCAUCAUGUUCUGGUGCCAGGGUGUAAUCGCGCAGAUAAUGGGCGUCCCGAUGACUGCUGCGAGCAUUAGGGACGCAAAAAAUAAUGAGAGGUCUGCGACGAUGGCUGUCCCUUCCCUCAAUAUUGUAUCCUUCAGCCAAGAGCUUCCUCAAGGUUCAUUUACGUAUAUCAACAAAACGAUACAGUCAGACAAGAAAGACCAGCUGGGGAUGCGGAAGCCAAUGUCGGAAAUAGACAAGGAGUUGUGGGCGACCACUCCACACGUUGGGCCUUUCGAGAAAACCCCGACAAGGGAAUAA